UCCCAGCAGGCCGUUCGGCGGCCCUACUUCCGGGGGCGGGAGAGAAGAUGGCGGCCUCCAGGCGGAGCUGCCGCUGCUGAAGCGACUGCCGGGGAAGCGGCUCCGGGAGAGGGGUUGGCCUGUCUUCUGAGCUGAGUUUCCAGUUUGAGCUUGAGGUCCCCAGCCAUGGAGCCAGUAGAAUCGGGAAGUACUGCAGAUGAGGAGGAGGAGCGGGUGAUGGAGCAGAGGCCUAGGACCAGAUCCAAUCCAGAGGGAGCUGAAGACCGAGCCCUGAGUGCCCAAGCUAGCGUGGGGAGUCGGAGUGAAGGCGAGGGUGAGGCAGCCAGUGCUGAUGACAGCCCACAGAAUCCACCUAGCAUCAACGGCAAACCCUGGCAAGUGCCACCGCAGACUCCAGAAUUUCAGGUCCGGACUCCCAGAGUCAAUUGCCCAGAGAAGGUGAUCAUAUGCCUGGACCUGUCAGAGGAAAUGUCUUUGCCAAAACUGGAGUCAUUUAAUGGCUCAAAGACCAACGCCCUGAAUGUGUCCCAGAAGAUGAUCGAGAUGUUUGUUCGGACGAAACACAAGAUUGACAAGUGCCAUGAGUUUGCCCUCGUGGUCAUAAAUGACGACACCACAUGGCUCUCAGGCUUGACUUCUGACCCCAGGGAGCUGUGCAGCUGCCUCUACGACCUCGAAACCGCUACCUGCAUGGCCUUCAACUUGGACAGCCUUUUCAACCUUAUACAGCAGAAGAUUGAGCUUCCAGUCACAGAGAAUGUCCAGACCAUCCCACCACCCUAUGUAGUGCGGACCAUCUUGGUAUACAGUCGCCCUGCCUGCCAGGCCCAGUUUGCCAUGAUGGAGCCCAUAAAGAAGAUGCUUCAGUGUCCGUACUUCUUUUUUGAUGUGGUAUAUAUCCACAAUGGUACCGAGGAAAAAGAAGAGGAGACCAGCUGGAAGGACCAGCUGUGGAGCUGCACAACUGCAUGGCCAAACUCUUGGCCCACCCUUUGCAGAGACCUGUCCAGACCCAUGCCUCCUAUAGCCUCCUGGAGGAAGAAGAAUCUGCUGAAAUGGAAGCCACCGUUUAAGGCCAGCCUCAAGCUUCUAGGCUCUUUGCUCUCCUCCUUUGCGUGGAAUGAACUCUCUUUCCAUAGGCCCUGGAAAAGGGUCCUUAAGGACAGAGGUUGUGGCCCCAGUGGAGAUGGUGGCUCUUGGGGAAGGUCCAGUCAAUGACUGAUCUGGGUGCAUGGGCCUGUCUUGCCACAAUGCUAAAUUGCAGCCUGUGGGCCUCAUGAUGGCAAAUUUUGACUGUGUAUUAAAUUCUCAGUAUCGUGUUCUGGACCUGG